AUGGAACCCAGAGGCGAAUCCCUGCCCGAAACCUCGGCACUCACCAGCAACCCGGCGACGUCACCGUCAUCGCAGGAAAUCGCCGGCAUCGCACUUUCGAUGCGAAUUCCGCCAUUCUGGAGAGACAAACCCAGGCUCUGGUUCGUCACCUUCGAGGCAGCCACCAGCAGCCUACAGAAAAACCAAAGCCAGCUCUCCCAAAUGGUCAUCGCUCGUCUGGAGAAAGAAGAUAUCGAACAAAUCGCCGACCUACUGUACAACCCGCCAGAGACAAACGAAUACCAAGCCCUCAAAGACCGGCUCAUCUCCGCAUAUGAAGAAUCUGACAGCCGGCAAUUUCAAACGCUGCUGUCAAACAUGGAAUUGGGAGACCAGAAACCAUCACAAUUACUCAGACGUAUGCGAAACCUGGCUCGCAACAAGGUCCCCGAUUCCACCCUACAGCUGAUGUGGGCCAAUCUCCUCCCGACAAAUAUUCGCUCCGUCCUGGCCGUCAGUGAAACUUUCCAGUCGAAGACCACACUCGACGAACAAGCUGCGCUAGCCGACAAGAUCAUCGAGCAGUCAACUGUAUGCGGCGCGCGUUAUCAAGCGCGGGCCACCGGCCACCGCGCCGCCACUGCAGGCCACAGCUGCCUGCGGUGA